ACUAUACUGAAACAGAUGAGAUGAAAAGUGGUUGUUUGUUGUCCAGUUUCCACAAUAAUGUGCAAAAAGUUAAAUUGAACUGUUUUUCAAAUCAGUUUCGAUGUCGUAUUAUAAUGAUUCGUUGUCAAAAAUAAUGUAGUGUCUUCGGAUAUAUUUUCUCUAAUUGUUCGGAGUGUUAUUUUUAAAUAAAAAUUUGUCUUUAUCGUGACGUUUUCAAUAGUAUGGCAUUGGUGACUGUACAACGAAGUCCUAGCUCCAAUAAUUCUCCCAGUCAUGUAAGUAAUAGGUCAUAUACACAUGAUUUACUUACUAGUCUGAUGUACCAGAAAGAUUAGACAUCCAGUGAUUAUCUUUAUUUAAAGAAAUAUGCUUGAAGUUUGUAGCAUAUUAAAUAGUUUCAUAUUUUUAAUAGCUAUCAGCGUAUAACCCUAAAUAAACAAAUUCUUGUCAUUAAAUGUAUGGUAAUUAUUGGCUCCUAGAUCAAAGCUAAUUUAUGGCAUUGUUUACCAAAACGUGUAGAUAACAAUUUAAUCUGUGUAAGGUUAGAAGUUUAGUAAAACUAACACUUAGAUUAUCUAAAGUCUAAUAUCAAUUUGUUUUAAAUGAAGUAGGCCUGCAUUAUAUAUGUUUUUCUUUUUUUUAUUAUCUGAAAAGUAUAUUAGGGACAUUAGUUGUGUUUAGUUGGCCUAAAUCAUCGAUCUUUUGUUUCUUUUGGAAGUGUCUACUACUCCGUCCUUAGCGUAUUUUGACAUUAUUUGGCUUAUAUGUUUUAAUAAGAAUAUUAAGAUUUAGUUUUUUAUAAAUUGUCUGUAACUACUUUUCAAAUUAUUUUUGUUUGUCAAUAUCAUUCUGAAAUUCAAAAAACAGAAAUAAAUUAUUUGGCUUAUAUUCAGCGACGUUACUAAAAAUAGAACUCAUUCAUCAAGUUGAAAUAAGAGCAAUAAGAGAAUUUGUUAUUACUUGUUAUAAUUUAUUUCAAAACAUAUAAAAAAAAUAUUUUUGUUACAGCAAUUUUGUUUUAUGCUCUUGUUUUUUUUCCAAGGCUAUUUUAAAAUGCAUUGAAUCAAAAUACAUAUUGUUUGUAGUAUUCUAGUUUCAUUUCCGCCUACUGUAAUUAUAGCCACUAUCACAAAAAUACGUUCACCACCAACAGCUGCUCUUCUGUCAUUUCUGUCAGUUUACAUUCGACGUUCUUGUAGCAAGGUUAUUCAAAACAAAUAUAUCUUUCGGUUUGGUAUACUGUGAGACGUCUUUACAAACAUUUUAAUAUUAAAAUGACUUAAAAAUUGGUCGUUAUGAAUUAAGUUGAUAUUUUUUUGUAUGUUUCGAGUGAAAUAUCGUGUUUUCUUUUCGUCAUGUUGUAUGUUUUACCGCCCUUGAGAACUCAAAAUACUUCAACGAAUUGGAGCAACUUUUGUGCUAGUAAAAACGCCCCCCCUGAGAUUAAAGGUUCGAGUUGGGAAAAAGAAAAAAGACCUCCUAGGGUCCAACUUAGAAACAUUCAAAUUAUCACCAUUAAAGAGGGAAUUUCCAGUUUUCAGGAUGAAACUGACACAAACAAGACCCCUAAAAGCCUCAGUGAAUGCUACUUUGCGGGCAAAGGUACCGCGUUGGUACUACCGGACGCAGAUGCCACGUCUAAGUCUGCCUGCAUUGGAGCUGGUGGUGAAAACUAUGGUAAUACCGCUACCAACAGCCAUAAUAACGGAGGUAACGGAAACAACUCUCAAGGAAGCAGCACCAUACAGAAGCAUCUACAGUCCAUGUUCUAUUUGCUCAGGCCGGAAGAAACGCUUAAAAUGGCAGUGAAACUUGAGAGUGUUCAUCCAACGAGAACCAGAUAUUUAGUUGUCGUUUCGAGAAUGGGUGCGAGAGGCGAAGAAUCGUGUCUUUUGGGCAUCGAUUGCAACGAAAAAACCACAGUCGGUCUUGUCUUGAGGGUUAUGGCAAACACACAUAUCACUUUAGACGGAGACGGAGGUUUCAGUAUCAGCGUCUGUGAUAGACAUCAUAUAUUCAAACCAGUUUCAGUACAGGCAAUGUGGUCAACGCUACAGACUCUCCAUAAGGUGAGCGCGAAAGCACGAGAGCAGAAUUAUUUCCAAGGCGGUCUGACACAUUCUUGGGUAGAAUACUAUGAAAAUAGAAUUGAAUCAGAUCGUUCAUGCCUUAACGAAUGGCACGCCAUGGAUAAUUUGGAAUCGAAACGACCACCCUCGCCUGACUCGAUCAGAACCAAACCCACCGAACGAGAGGAAACCGAAAAAGUCAUCAGAGCGACUCUUAAAGAAAUUAUGAUGUCGGUGGACUUGGAUGAAGUCACCAGUAAGGUGAUUAGGAGCAGGCUCGAGGAAGAACUCGACAUGGAUUUGGGCGAGUACAAGUCAUUCAUCGAUCAAGAAAUGCUGGUCAUUCUAGGUCAGAUGGAUGCACCGACGGAGAUUUUCGAUCACGUCUAUUUAGGUUCAGAAUGGAACGCUUCCAAUUACGAAGAAUUACAAAGAAACGGAGUUGGCCACAUCUUGAACGUUACAAGAGAAAUAGACAACUUCUUUCCGGGAACAUUCGAUUAUUUGAACAUUCGAGUUUACGAUGACGAAAAGACGGAUUUAUUAAAACACUGGGACGACACAUACAAAUACAUCACCAAAGUUAAAGAUCAAGGUUCCAAAGUUUUGGUACAUUGCAAGAUGGGAAUCAGUCGAUCGGCCUCGGUGGUCAUAGCUUACGCGAUGAAAGCUUACAAUUGGGAUUUCGAUACCGCCAUGAAACACGUCAAAUACAAAAGGACCUGCAUCAAACCGAACACCAGUUUCGUGUUACAACUAGAAACCUAUCAAGGAAUAUUGGACGCCAUGAAGAAUAAAGAGAAAUUACAAAGAUCCAAAUCAGAAACGAAUUUGAAAACACCCGGUUCAAACGGAAAAAACGAUAAAGUAAUCGAUAACAAACAACAACGAGACGUUAAAUUAUUAUCGAAAUCGUACAACACGGAAAGCGCAAUGUCCGGACAAGAUUUGAGAAAUAUCGGAUCGCGUCCUAAAUCCUGGUCGCCGGAUAAUUUACUAACCAGGGAGAUGGUAGAAGCCGCCAAAUCUCCUCUAUCAAUAUCCCUAGAAGACGUCAGCCAAAAAUCGACCGGUAAAGAAACCAACAAGAACGAAUCGAAGUCCUCAUUAGCCAGACACGUUUUGAUGCCUUGCGAUAACGGCGAAACUUACAGCGUAUCCCCGAACCAAAUAGUACAUUUACCGGAUUUAGUUUCACGCGGCGGCGAAAAAAAAAAUUUAGUUUUGGAUUUGGCGAGUCAAUUCGAACAAAUAUCGUCGGAGGAAUUAGCAAAAAGUAAAGUUAAAACGGAAACGUGGGAUCCCGGCGAAACGAUACCGUGUUGCGAAACAUCAAGCGAAACCUGUGAUCAUCAAACAAAUUUUAGUUGUAUAAGUGAAUGGACGGUAGCGCCGGAUAAUUAUAGUGAUAGUGAUUCGAUCAAAACGAAAACGGACGUUUUUUCAAAUCAAGUGGAUCGGGUAUUCGAUCGCGAAGAAAAGAAACAAAUGAGAACGUCGAUAAUACCAUCGCCAGAAGAGGAAAGACAACGGGAGAGCCCUUCCAGACAAAGUUCGUGGAGUUCUUACGAUUCGGCCGUGGCUUUGGGGUUUCAAAAUGAAACUUGCGAAUUAUCUCGUCAUAGUUCUUGGGGAUCUGGUGAUACGCGAACACUACCGAGCAGAAAUAGUUCUUGGGGAUCGUACGAUAUGCAACCUAGAGGACCGGUACAUUACGUUAACGAAAAAGGAGAAAAAAUCAUGCAUACCAACAACACAGAAACAUCGGAUAAUAACGAUACCCCCCCAAGACAAACCGGCACCGUUAAAAGAUGUAAACAGAAAUUUCAAGAAACUAAACCGACUAAUGAUAGUCGAACCCCUAGUUCGGAAACUUUAUUAUACGACUUGGACGUAGCCGAAAUUAUAAACGAAUCGAUUAAUUCCCGUGCCAUAGACAUUCCCAAAGACGAUAAACAAAAAUCUAAAUUAGUUUCCAGAUUAUCGAUCAGCGCCCCUGAACCAUCGUGGGCUUCGAUGGAAUUGAUCGCGAAAAACGAUCCGCCGUUAUCCCGAUCGACUUCGAACGUUUCUUCGAAAGAAACAUCGAAUUCGGUGAUUAGUACCGCGCAGUGUUCGUCGGUAAAACAACACAGAACUUUUCUAGAAAAUCUGCACAAUUCCAACGACGUUAUUGUAACGAAAAAAACCGACAUGGAAAAUAACGGUUCGGGGAAAGUAAAGAAUUUAAAAAAAGAAUUCGAAGCCAAAUCGAGCACAAUUAAUACCGAUCAAAUGGAAAUGAUAUCGGAUAAUUAUAACAAAAAUAAAACCACUGCCGCCGCCAGUCUACCGUCGUCUCCUAUAACCGUGCACGUGACUAAAGAUAAAAAAUCAAUUGAUAACAAGACAAUCAACGACGACGUAAAUCUCAAAAAUCUAAUCGGAAUAUUCGAAAAUAACUCGGAAGUGCAAGUAAACCGUAGACAAAAAUUAUCGAACGCCAGACCAUUCGCACAAAACCGCAACGGGCGUUACUCUUGCAUCGAAAUGUCGCCGCGCAUACUUCAGACUCCGUUGAUAUCGAAUCUUAACAAAAACGGAUCUGUCGUCGAUAAAGAAGAUAAACGACCUCCGAUGGUACCAGUGGUGAGAACAUCGCCGGGACUGGUAGCGACGACGGUCAUAACGGCCGCUAAGAAAAAACAGCAACAAUACGGCAAAAGUCACCCUCUGGCGAGGUUAACUAUCAACAACAAACCCAGACACAAUAAUCCCGUCUACAACACUAUGUAAUGCUCAAAUUACAGAUAUGGCUGUGACCGCACUAUUUUUUUUUUGUUUAUUGUUAGUUUUCUCAUUUUUUUGCGUUAUAGCGAGAUCAAUUGACAUUUUUGUACGGAUUCACGAUUAUUUUGUGAUUAUGUAACUUGAAAUAUAUAUACAACUGAAUUUUGCUCUAUGGCUGCUCAUUUUCUUGGAAAGAAGUGCGAAGUAAAUAAACUUUUAUUGACACAAUUAACAAACGACAUUCAAAAUUUCUCUAUUAAGACGUGUUCUAAUUAAUUCGAAAUUGCUGGUACCACUUAUAACAAUAGCUGAAAGAACUUGGUAUCUAUUACAAUUAUUGUGAUAACCCCAAAAGAUUGCUUAGCGUCUUCCUGUUCAUACUACACCUAAAACUAAUCGUGUUCAUAUACAUCCGACUCCUAAACUGUCUUCAUAUGUUUAAACUGUUACUGCCUAUACUUCCAAAGACCGUUAAUCUUAUGAGCCUUUUUGAUAGACCUGCUACUAAAAGUGUUUUAUUUCAUAUUUAUUCUACCUCUUAAACUCUACUGACAAAAUUGUCGGCUUUUAUAUUCAUCCUACUCUUAAAAUUGUCUUAUUCAUAUUCGUCUUACUUCUAAAACUGUCUUUAUAUUCAUCCUACAUUUGAAAAUAAUUGUAUUCAUAUACAUCCCACUCCUAAACUGUCUUCAUAUACAUGCUUUCCCUAAAACUAUUUGAUUUCAUGUUGAUUCCAUUCCCGAAACACUUUUCAUAUUCAACCUAUCCCUAGAAAUAUCCAAUUUUAUGUUAAUUCUACUCUUAAAACAGUUUUCAUAUUCAUCCUGAUCCUAAAACUGUCUUCAUAUUCAUCUUACUCCCUUUGUAUUGAACUUACACUUCUUAAUUAUCUUUAUAUACACGCUACCCCUAAAACUGUUUCGUUUCAUAUUCAUUCUACUACAAAAACAGUUUUUAGAUUACUCCUACCCCUAAAACUUUUUGAUUUCAUGUUAAUUCUACUCAUAGAACAGUUUUACUAGUCUGUUUACCUCUUAAACUGUUUUAAUAUUCAUUUUGCCCCUAAAACUGUUUGAUUUUAUGUUAAUUCUACUCAAUAGUCUGUCUACCUCUUAAACUGUUUUAAUAUUUUUUUUUGUCUCUAAAACUGUUUGAUUUCAUGUUAAUUCUAAUUCUAACACAUUUUUUAUAUUGAUCCUACCCCUACAACUGUCUUUAUGUUCAUCCUACACCCAAAAUUGAAUGUUUUCAUGCAGAUCCUAUUCAUAAACUGUCUUCAUAUACUUGCUGCCACUAAGACUGUUCUAUUUAAUGUUUAUCCUACCGUUAAAUCUGUCUUCAUAUUUAUCCUACACCUAAAACUAAUCAUCUUCAUAUUCAUACCAUUUCUUAAUUAUCUUUAUAUACAUGCUGCCCCUAAAACUGUUUCGUUUCAUAUUCAUCUUACUCCUAGUACAGUUUUUAUAUAAUUCUAACCCCUAAAACUCCUUGAUUUCACGAUAAUUCUAUUGCUAAAACAGUUUUCAUAUACAUCCUACACCUAAAACUGAUUGUCUCAAUGUAAAUCCUACUUCUAAACUAUCUUUAUAUACAUGCCGCCCUUAAAAUUGUUUUCAUAUUCAUCUUACCCCUAAAACUAAAAUCAUUCUUUGAAAUUUCAAAUUCAAAAGUAAAUAUUAAUUGAAUUCAGAAUUUUUUAUACUUUAAUAACCCCUAAAAGUUAAUUAGGCAUUUAUGAAUAAUUAAUUGUCAAUAAAUAACAAAUUCACUUGUUUCACCAAAAACAAUAUAAGCUUCUUCAAUGAUUUUCAACACAUCAUUUGAUGUCACCUAUUCCUUUGGAAUAGGUGAUAUUUGGAACCAUUUUCGAGGUCUUUUGACUUCACGUUUUGAUUUUUCAUAGAUUUCCAAGACCAAAUUCUUCUGUUCCGAUUCUGUUAAUUGUCUUAUUUUGUUUAGAUCGAUUCCUCUUUGUCUUUUUAUCUUCUUAUAUUACCAAUGAAAUACGAAUUUAAACUUUAACCAUGUCUUGAUGGUUACCAACAAAAUCAGUAGCUCAAUCAUCUUUUGAUAAACAAUUUGAUGUCUUUACUACCAAUGUCACUAUGGCCCUCAAAGAGCAUUUUCCUCAACCUCCACAUUCCUCCAACCAUCAGCAAAUUUUUAUCUUUGGUAUAUAGUGACUUCCAGAAUCUUUUGGAUGAGUUAUCCUUGAAAAGCAGCGGUGCAGAAAAUUAACCUAAUGUAUUAUUGUAUCGUUUAUAAAUUGUUUGUUAAAUGUGUCUUUAUAAUUCAACAUUUGGUAUACGUCAAGUAAAAUAUACGAUCAUGACUUUAUUUGAAGACAAGGUAUGUUGAAAGUUAAUUUUCGACGAUUUGGAAAAAACGGGUAUUUAAAAAUAUAUAAUAAAAAUUUCAUUUUAAAUUCUAGCACAACUUGUACAUUCUUCACAAAAGCAAAAUAAAUAUAAGAAAAAAAUAUAUAUUUAAAAAA